AUGUGUCCACCCGUUCUUACGUGUGUCCAGUUCCGAGCGAGCGAGGAUCUCAUGAGAGACUCGUCUGACGAAGAAGAGCUCGACGGCUCGGCUGUCCAUCGCGCUUUUGAUACCAUGUACGAGCACCAGGACGGCUUCCCCUUCAUCGUCGGCGCCAACCGCGAGACCUCCGUCUACCACUAUCAUCCUACGCCCGUACAAAUCUUCGAGCUGUGGCAGAUUUACAUCAACAACGUGAAUCCGCUGCUCAAGAUCACGCACAUUCCUACCGUGCAGGGGCUCGUCCUCGAGGCCACCAGAAAUCUCGAUCAUGUCCCCAAGAACGUCGAGGCCCUCCUCUUCAGCAUCUACAUCAUGGCCGUCUUGACAAUCGAUGACGGCCAGAGCAGGAAGCUGUUUGGCGAGCCCAAGGUUGAGCUCCUGUCCAGGUACCACAAGGCAGGCCAGCAGGCGCUGGUCAACGCUGGGUUCAUGCGCACCACCGACAUGAUGGUGCUGCAGGCCUACAUCCUCUUCCUCCUACAGAUUGCCAUUCGCAUGUUCAUCGAUCCACGGCAGAUUUUCUGCUACGUCGGCAUCGCUGUUCGAAUAGGCCAGCGCAUGGGUCUCCAUCGAGAUGCUCAGGUCUAUGGCCUGUCCCCCUUCGAGGUCGAACAGCGCAGGCGGCUCUGGUGGACAAUCGUCGGGUACGACCGCCGCAUAGGCGAGAUGACGGGCUCGACGGUCACGGCCCUCUCGACUAUUGGCGACUGCAAACUCCCUCUCAAUAUCAAUGAUACAGACCUCCACGCCGAUGGCAAGGACGCGCCGACCGAGCAUGCCGGCCCGACAGAGAUGCUCUUCAGUCUCAUCCGCGCUGAGCUCGCCAUGGCCAUCAGCACCGACGCAUCCAAGGACCCUCGCGUCCCCAUAGACAAAGACAACCCCAUCGCCUCACGGCCUCUUUCCAUGGUCCGCAUGGCCGGCCCCGGCGGGCAAUGGUACACGCUCGACGGCUUCUUCGCCCACAUUGAGGGCACGUACCUUCGAUACUGCGACCAAAAGAUACCUCUCCACUUCUUCACCCUGACCAUGACGCGACAGGCCCUGUGCAAGAUGCGCGUCGUCUCAUUCCUCGUCCGCCUCGCCAACAACGACCCAGCCGCGGCUCUGAACGAGCACGAGCGUGACACGCUCUUCCUCGAAGCCACCCAGAUGAUCGAGUACGACAAUAUCGUCCAGUCGGCCGAGAGCCUCCGCGGCUACAAGUGGUAUACGUUCCUGCACUUUCCCUUCCCGGCCUACAUGUUCCUCGUCACCGAGAUGCGGCAGCGAACAACAGGCCCGCUCGUCGACCGCGCCUGGGACGCCAUUACGGAGAACCACGAGCUCCGUGGCCUCAUGAAUACGCUCCACAACCCUAUGCACCUUGCCUUUGGCAACCUCUUCGUCAAGGCCUGGGACGCGCGCGCCGCCUCGCAGCGCCAGCAGGGCAUCGUCCAGCCGGCUCCCCCGUGGAUCGAUCGCCUGCGCGAGCGCGCCGACAAGGCCAGCCGCGAUGGCAAGCGCCCGCGCCGGGACCCUCUGCCCUCGGCGCCGCCCAGCGACGGCAGCCCCGCCUUCGUGCCGAACCUCCACCAGGCCGGCCCCAUGGCCCACGCCGAGGCAGUCGGUUGA